AUGCCCACAGGUUUGGUGACCACCUGGCUUGAGGAGAAGGGCUUUGGGUUUAUUGCCCCGGAUGAUUCCAAUUUUGGCGACCUGUUUGUGCACGUAAGCGAGUUGCGUGAUGCAAGGGCCAAUGGACUCGAACGAGGCGACAGGGUUCGCUUUGAUGUGAAGUACAACCGCGAGAAAGGAAAAAACCUGGCGGUCAAUGUCGUCGUGGAGAAGAGUGGUGCCUCAAGUGGCGGUGGCGGUGGCGGUGGCGGUGGUGGUGGGCAAGACUCCCAGCAGCGUGGCCGGUCGCAACCGCAGAGGCAGUGCGCCCAGCUUCAGGAGGAUGUGGGAGAAGGCGAGGCGACAGCAGUGAUAGCCGUCGCGUAUCUACGAAAGCCCCGAGAAGGUCUAGGAGCAGACGCUCCAAAGACACGGCUGGCAAGCGGCGGAGCCGGAGCCGCCGGAGCUCGAGCAGUUCGAGCAAAAGCAGGAGGUCUUAGACUGUGA